AUGACAGCGAUUCCGAUGCUGGCUCAAAGCCCCCCUAAGAAGAAAAACCAGAAGCCCGAUACCAACCAAGAUCUUGACUUUUUAAACGAAGACGACGGCGAUGCAGCUUUCAUUGCCAACUCGCAGGCAUCCGCCAAUCGAAAGGGUGCAAACCUCAAGGGCCGCACUGUGAAGAAGGGAGGUGGUUUCCAAGCAAUGGGUCUCAGCAUGACUCUGCUGAAAGCCAUCACUCGCAAAGGAUUUUCCGUUCCUACCCCAAUUCAGCGAAAGACUAUUCCCGUGAUCAUGGACGACAAGGAUGUGGUUGGUAUGGCUCGAACUGGUUCCGGAAAGACUGCCUCGUUCGUUAUUCCUAUGAUCGAAAAGUUGAAGAGCCACAGCACCACGUUCGGUGCACGUGCUCUCAUCAUGUCCCCAUCCCGUGAAUUGGCUCUGCAAACCAUGAAGGUCGUUAAGGAGAUGGGCAAGGGAACGAAUUUGACAUCAGUACUCCUCAUUGGUGGUGACAGUCUGGAAGAUCAGUUCGGCAUGAUGGCCAACAACCCCGAUAUCAUCAUCGCGACCCCCGGUCGAUUCCUGCACUUGAAGGUUGAAAUGGACAUGGAUCUCUCUAGCAUCAAGUAUGUUGUCUUCGAUGAAGCCGACAGACUGUUCGAGAUGGGUUUCGCCGCACAGUUGACCGAGAUUUUGCACGGCCUGCCCACGAACCGCCAGACUCUUCUCUUCUCCGCUACAUUGCCCAAGUCACUUGUCGAAUUUGCACGCGCCGGUCUGCAGGAGCCAAGCCUGAUUCGUCUGGACACAGAAAACAAAGUGUCUCCUGAUCUACAAAAUGCGUUCUUUGCUGUCAAGUCAUCAGACAAAGAAGGUGCCCUACUACACAUUCUGCACGAUAUUAUCAAGAUGCCUACCGGUGAGACAAACAUUGGCGGAAGAUUACGCCAAGAGGCCGAGAACCCAACAAGGAAGCGCAAGAGAUCGGAUGUCCGUCUGCCGAGCGGCUUCAAGGAGUCGCCUACCGAGCAUUCAACCAUCGUGUUUGCUGCAACCAAGCACCACGUAGACUACCUCUAUGCCCUUCUCGUUGAGGCAGGGUUUGCCACCUCUUACGCCUACGGUUCGCUGGACCAGACUGCUCGUAAUCAUCAUGUUCAAAACUUCCGAUCCGGCAUAUCAAACAUCCUGGUCGUCACCGAUGUGGCUGCUAGAGGUAUUGAUAUUCCUGUUCUUGCCAACGUCAUCAACUACGACUUCCCUUCACAGCCUAAGAUCUUCAUUCACCGUGUCGGUCGUACGGCACGUGCCGGCCAAAAGGGCUGGAGUUACAGUCUUGUUCGCGACAAAGAUGCCCCGUAUCUUCUGGAUCUUCAGCUGUUCUUGGGACGCAGGCUGGUUCUCGGUCGCCAGUACGGCACCGAACUCAACUUUGCAGAGGAUGUUGUCGUUGGGACGCUGGCGAGAGAGCAAGUCUCUCGCUCUUGUGAAUGGGUACAGAAGGUGCUCGACGAUGACAUUGAUAUUUACGGACAAAAGCAAGUGUCCCAAAAGGGAGAGAAGUUGUAUCUACGCACCCGCAAUUCAGCUUCUGCCGAGAGUGCGAAGCGGGCGAAGGAUGUCGUUUCUUCCGAUCAUUGGGCCGAGAUUCACCCACUCUUCAACGAUGCCACCAGUGAGAGAGAAGUUGAGCGAGAGAGUAUGCUGGCCCGCAUUGGUGGUUACCGGCCCCAUGAAACUAUUUUCGAGGCGAACAACCGACGAGGCGGCAAAGUGGAAGCCAAUGAGGCCGUGGACACCAUUCGACGUCUCCGCACUAGUGUCGAGAACAAGAGAAAGCGUGCUGAUGCCAAAGCAGAGGCCGAGUUGCAAGCACUUGGAAUGCCCACUCCCGGUGAGGAUGGUCAAGUGGAGGACGACGAUAUCCCCGAACAAGCCGGCGAGAACAUGUCAGAAGCCUCCGACGAUGAACUCGAGGUGACUUUCUCUGCCUACAACUCCAAGUCCAAGCAAGGAGAGACGAAGGACGCAGCGGCAGCAUUCCAGAACCCCGAUUAUUUCAUGGGCUACACACCCCAACACAACGACAUGGCCGAAGACAAGGCUUACGGUGUGCACUCGGGUACAAACUCGAACUUUGCCAGCGACUCUCGCAACGCGACGAUGGAUCUCAAUGGCGACGAAGGCAAGCGCGGUUUCGGUGAAGCGCGUUCCAUCAUGCGUUGGGACAAACGACACAAGAAGUACGUCGCGCGCCAGAACGACGAGGACGGUUCCAAGGGCAGCCGACUUGUGCGCGGUGAGAGUGGAGCCAAGAUCGCGGCCAGUUUCCGCAGUGGUCGCUUCCAAGCCUGGAAGAAGGGCAAGCGCGUGGAUCGGAUGCCUCGUGUUGGCGAGGCCGAGACGCCUGCUGUGAACAACAUCGACUCGCGCAUGAGCAGUGGACGAUUCCGUCACAACCAGGACCGGGCGCCUAAACGUGCCGAUCCUCUGCGUCGCGACUACGACAGGAUGAAGAAGAAGAACGAGGCGGCACGCGAACGCCAGCACGACAAGUUGGGAGGUGCGGCCUAUGGUGGCAAGAGCGAACUUCGGUCUACGGAGGAUAUUCGCAAGGCACGGAAGCAGGUGCAACAGCGUCGCGAUAAGAAUGCUCGGCCAUCGAAGAGACGUUAG